AUGUCUUCCCAACCGAAUUCCCCGCGCCCAGGGCAAGACCAUGCACCCGCGCACCCCAGCGGUCUCCGCCAGACCUACACCGCUUCCUCGUCCAGCUCCGGUAACGAUGCCGCGGGUCGCGCCGCUUCCGAGCGACGCGAUGCAGCCCCCGGGAGCCAUCAUGCAGCGGGGCCGAGCAGACAACACCCCACCGAGUCCACGUCCCUACUCGGUGCCACGGUGGACUUGGGGGAAGAAGCACACGAAGGACCUUGCAAUCACGGCACCUUCUCGCCGCGACCUACAAGUCCCUCGGGAAGUCUUCCGGUCGACUGGCCGAGCCCUUCCGAAUCUGAGACGGAAGCCUCGAUCCCCGGCAUUGACGGGGUCGUCUCGGAGGGCUCGAGACGCAGGACCUGGAAAAAGCGAUGGGCGUCUAAGAUGAGAAGCAAGAAGAUGAGCACCUCGAGCGCGCUCGCCGAACAACAUGGCGUGAAGGACUCUGCCCUUAUGUACCUCUCAUACUACCUCCCCGUCAUGGUCUGGGCCAAAGAGUACAACUGGUCCUAUUUCAAGGGUGAUUUUAUCGGCGCUCUCACCGUGGCGGGCAUGUACGUGCCGAUGGCGCUCUCCCUUGCCGAUAAUCUGGCUCACGUCCCUCCCCUGAACGGCUUGUACGCCUUCGUCUUCAACCCGCUCAUCUACGCCCUUCUCGGCAGCUGUCCCGCCAUGAUUGUCGGUCCCGAGGCGGCGGGCUCGCUUCUCGUCGGGACUGCCAUCAAAUCCAUCGUCGACCGGGGCGGUGGUGGUGGUGAAGAUGACGCCACACUGCAGGCCAGGCUUUGUGGCGUUAUCGCUGGAAUGUCUGGUGCCAUGGUCCUCAUUGCCGGUGUUGGUCGUGUGGGGUUUUUGGAUAGCGUGCUCUCGCGUCCGUUCCUCCGCGGCUUCAUCAGCGCCAUUGGUGUCGUGGUUGCCGUCGACCAGCUCAUCCCCGAGCUCGGACUCAACCGGCUAGCCGACCAAGCCCACAUCGGCCACGCCAGCAGCGUCGACAAACUCGCCUUUAUCUUCCGUAACCUAGACAAAGUUCACACUCUGACCUUGGCUGUGGCCGCCACGAGCUUCGUCAUUAUCAUGGUAUGCCGUGAGAUCAAGCGCCGCAUGCAGCCUCGGUACCCCGGGGUCGCCUACAUCCCGGACCGCUUCCUCGUCGUGGUGUUGUCCGCGUUUCUCGCCUACUAUUACGAGUGGGACAAGGCUGGCGUUGCCGUGCUCGGCAAAGUCGAAGCGGCCAGUGGUCACCUAUUCACCUUCCGUUGGCCGUUGCAGCCGGCCAACAUAGGAUACAUGCGGGAGGCCAUGAGCACCUCGUUUCUGAUCGCCCUGCUCGGCUUCUUCGAGUCGUCGGUUGCAGCCAAGAGUCUCGGCGGUAAUGCCUUUGCCGGCAUCCAGUUGAGCCCCAACCGCGAGCUGGUCGCGCUGGGGACGGCCAACCUCGUCGGCGCCUGCUUCUCGAGCCUACCCUCCUUUGGGGGUUAUGGCAGGAGCAAGGUGAACAAAUCUACGGGCGGCCGCACACCCGUGAGCUCCAUCAUCCUGAGUGGACUAACGCUACUUUGCAUCCUCUUCCUUUUGCCGUACCUCUAUUACCUUCCGAAACCCGUCCUGUCGUCUCUCAUUAGUGUUGUAGCCUGGUCGUUGAUUGAAGAAUGCCCACAUGACGUCUCGUUCUUCCUCAAGAUCCGCGCUUGGCAAGAACUCGGGCUCAUGGCCGCCAUCGUGAUUGCCACCAUCUUCUUUUCCCUUUCCUUCGGAAUGGCUAUCGGCGUCGGCCUCUCUCUGUUACAGGUCAUCCGCCACGCUACACGCCCACGCAUCCAGAUUCUCGGCCGCAUUCCCGGAACCAACCGCUUCGAGAACGCCGAAGCGAAUCUAGAUCGUCUCGAAUUCAUCGAGGGGUGCCUGAUUGUCAAGAUCCCCGAGCCACUGACAUUUGCAAACACGGGUGAGAUGAAGACACGGCUGCGGCGGUUGGAGCUGUACGGCUCAAGCAUGGCUCACCCAGCGCUGCCGCGGCUGAUGAGGGAAAACUGGAACCGUAACAUCAUAUUUGACAUCCACGGCGUGACGUCCCUCGACGGCAGCGGAACGCAGGUGCUCGAGGAGAUUGUGCGGGAUUACCGGGAACGAGGUGUCCGUAUCUUCUUCAGCCGGGGGCCGGGGCACGAUUCCAAAAUCGGGCACUUGCUGCGGCGUAGCGGCAUCAUUGAGCUUGCUGGCGGGGAACGCCACUUUGUGGAUGAUGUUCACGAGGCGUUGAAGCUUACCGAAGCCGAGGAACAGAGCGAGCUCGGGGGCUCGGAUGGCCAGGUUACGGGGUCGCGGUAG